GGAUAGUUAACAAGCAGAUCAGGAAAUAAAAAAUGCAUCGUAGACAAAUUUGAUAAUUUUAAAAAACAGGAACAAAAUGGAUGGUUAUAUGAUAUUUACGUAUUGUCUGCUUAAAUAUGUUUUCGAAAUCUACGGAAGUAUAUGCAUCACAUGGAUUGUAAACAGUGAUCAAUUUAGAUUAACGUGCAAAGCAGAUAAAAUAGUGUCGAGCGUCACGAUAUUUAGUCCGUCCGGUUAUGAAAUAGCAUACUGCUUGCUGCCAUAUCCAAAUUCAAUGUGUUCUAAUCCAAAAACGAACAACGUUACACAAGACUUGUCAUCUGGUGAAACAGUAUUUGUCGUUAAAAGACCUCCAAAUGUUAAUCUUUUGAAUGGUUUAUGGAGGUGUGUUCAUGGAUUCGAAAAUAUCACUGUCGAUGUUGAAAUGCCAAAAGGGUUUAUCGUAUCGCCGAGAAUAACUUUAAGUGGACCGAAAUUUGUCCAAAGGCAACAAACGAUUUCUCUCUUGUGUACCUCAAAUACAGAAUCGACUGUUUCGGCGGUUUAUUUUUAUGUUAACAACCAGUUUUAUACAAAGAUAAGUAAAAAUGCAAGCGGCUGUUUCUCAAGCCUGGAGGCAUCAGAUUGUAAAAGGCAUAUGUGCCAGUGUUUGGCAGAUGGAAGAAGUUUCACGUUGCAGUAUUUUUCAGAAUUAGAUACAGGAGACUUAGCAUUUCGAUGUUCUAUGGAUUUCAAGAUGUUUGGCUCAUUAUCUGAUUGCCUUUUUGUAUCAGUAGUUGGUGCGUAUAAAACAAAGUUCAUUCUCACCAUUCUUUUGUAA